CCGGAGACCGGAGGUAGGAGGGCCGCAUGCGUGGCGGGGCGCGCCGCGCUCUCCCGGAAGCCUCCCUGGGCGGAAGUGGAAACCGAAACCUUUUUAGAGAGUCUGAGGUACAGUCGUCGCGUGUGGAGCUUGCGGUUAUUUGGCCUCAUGGCGGUCCGAGCGUCUUUCGAGAACAACUGUGAGAUCGGCUGCUUUGCCAAGCUCACCAACACCUACUGCCUGGUGGCCAUCGGAGGCUCGGAGAACUUCUACAGUGUGUUCGAGGGCGAGCUCUCCGAUACCAUCCCCGUGGUGCACGCGUCUAUCGCCGGCUGCCGCAUCAUCGGGCGCAUGUGUGUGGGGAACAGACACGGUCUCCUGGUGCCCAACAAUACCACUGAUCAGGAGCUGCAACACAUUCGCAAUAGCCUCCCAGACUCAGUGCAAAUUCGGCGGGUGGAGGAGAGGCUCUCAGCCUUGGGCAAUGUCACCACCUGCAAUGACUACGUGGCCUUGGUCCACCCAGACUUGGACAGGGAGACAGAAGAAAUUCUGGCAGAUGUGCUCAAGGUUGAAGUCUUCAGACAGACAGUGGCCGACCAGGUGCUAGUAGGAAGCUAUUGUGUCUUCAGCAAUCAGGGAGGGCUGGUGCAUCCCAAGACUUCAGUUGAAGAUCAGGAUGAGCUGUCCUCUCUUCUUCAGGUCCCCCUUGUGGCAGGCACUGUGAACCGAGGCAGUGAGGUGAUUGCCGCUGGGAUGGUGGUGAACGACUGGUGUGCCUUCUGUGGCCUGGACACAACGAGCACAGAGCUGUCAGUGGUGGAAAGUGUCUUCAAGCUGAAUGAAGCCCAGCCUAGCACCAUUGCUACCAGCAUGCGGGAUUCCCUCAUUGACAGCCUCACCUGAGUCACCUUCCAGGUUGUUCCGUGGGCUCUUGGCUCUGGACUUUGGCACCUUCUCCAUGCUCCACCCAAUCUGUACUGGAUGCUGGCAGGGAGGUGGCAGAGAGCUCACUGGGACUGAGUGGCUGGGCACCCAGCCCUUUUCCACCUGUGCUCAUCGCCUGGAUCUAUCAUCAUGUAAAAACCUGCUCUGUUGUGCUGGCUGGCAAGCCCUGUGGCUGCUGGCUAAGGGUUCUGCUGUCCUGUGCCACCCCAUUAAAGUGCAGCUCCCCUUGGCCA